CAUCUGACUGAUGCGUUCGAGUUCGACGGACGAUUCGACUUCCAAUAGGAGAAAGAUUCCCACUCAGCAACACUUUUGUCUCUACAAAACGUGUUCUUCUAUUGGAUAUCAGACGUCAUAUAUCGAACGCAGUGUGAAUUCUGCGAUUACACAUUAGCAAAGUGUAUUUUAGAACGCAUCUGUACGUUUGUUUAUAGGUCAUUUGAGAUCGGAGUAUUCUGGAGUGUUCGAAGCUCGAAGCUCAUGAUCACGAGCUACUAUACUAUCGAUAGCGUGGCGUAGAUUCGCGUCAAUUACGGUACGGUGCGGAUUUCGGUGCUAAAAAAUGGACAUUUCCCUCGUGUCGCACAUGGAAUGGAAAAAAGCGCCAGCUGAUAUGGUUGACGAGCAACAGAGUCGACUGCACGAUCCUGCCACGCGACAGAUGAACGAUAAUGCGCAACUGAAUCUGAUAAAUCUUCCCGAUGUGUGCUUAGAGGCGGUCCUGUCUAACCUCUCCUACGAUGAGAUUUCUAAAUAUAGGAUCGUUUGCAGACAGUUCGAUCGAAUCUGCAAGAAGCUGCUCAACCGUGGCUUCAAUCUUAUGGAAAAGCAUCACGCGCAAUGCCUCCGCACCGUUAAGAGCCAGCUGCCGAGGAGGGAGUCGGAGCGACGGAGCCAUCCUCUGGCACGUCAUUGCGAUAUCUUGACGGCGAUAGAAACGAGAAUCUCCAUGUUAUCAAUGACUUUCAUUAAGUAUGUGGAUCUGAAUGUUUGCUGCUUCAUUCCUGGAAAGGUAAUUGAUGAAAUUUUCCGUGUUCUUCGAUUAAUUCAAGAGACGAAGACACCACCCAGAGCACACGAAAUACUGCAAGAACUACGAGAUAUAAGCAGCAUGGCCAUGGAACAUUUUGAUGAGAAGAUCUUGCCUGAUCUGAAGCACAACAUCUGUACAUCCAUGGUUGGGACUGUGAAUUCAUAUGAUUUACCUGGUGGCGUCAUGAUCUCUCACGGUAGAAACAUAAAUAAUACCACACUGCCACAUUGUAACAAUCAUAGCAUGACCUGCUCGGAGAAGCUUAACCAGAUCUUUAAGAAGAUUAACGAUCGUACAAAAAGGAACAAGAUGUUCUUCUUGUCUGUGAAAAAUCAAAUGGCUAGAAUAAAACUUAGGAUGCAAAGGCAAGAAUAUCUGGUGCGGAAGCAAAAUCUGAAGUUAUACAAACAGGCAAAGAAGAUGCAGGAUCAAGACACUCAGUUAGCCGAAGUGCGGAAGCACCUUGAGGAGUGGGAGCAGAAGAUGGUUGAUUUGACUACUGAAGUGAGCCGAGCGCGAGAGGGAAUUCCACUCCCUCAGAAUCCCGAUUCAUUAGAAAGUCUUAAACGAAAAGCACACAUUAUUAACACCGAUGCCGAGACACUUCAAAAGACGAACGAAUUGCAAUCUAAGAAACGCAAACUUAUAAUAGAAAGAAAAGCGUCGAGUGACGCACAGGACAUGAAGUUUAAAAAAUUUAUGUCAGGCUUACUUGCAAAAAAUGAAUUAGAUGAUUAUUUCGUCGAUCCCUCGUGUCCGCGCUAAUUUUGCUCUUUUUAUAUUAACAGUUUUAGCGCAAAGAUUUUUGCGGAAUCAUACUCUUUAUAUAAUGCAUUUUUCAACUGUAACAUGUAUGACAUAGAUUUAAUCAUAGAGUAACAUAUACUCAGUACAUCUAAAAAGUUUAAUUAAAAUUAUAAAAGUUAUAUUCAAACAAUAGUUAUUAGAGUUUAAGUUAAAAUUAAUAUUUUUAAUUUUUUCUUUCAUUACAGAAGCAACAUAAUAUAUAAAUAAAUCUUUUUCAUUAGUUUUAUAAUGCUUUACUUGGAAUUUUUACAUAUAUUUGCAAAAUAUAUAUGUA